AUGAAAAUUACUUUAAAUAAAACAGAAUACAAAAAUAUAUAUGUUCCAAAUGAUGAUUCAUACUUAUUUUUAGAUGCUUUAAAGGAAGAGAUCUAAUACUUUCCAUAAAAUGCAAUUGUUGUAGAAAUGGGAUGCGGAUCAGGAAUCUUGAUAGGCAAUGUAAGUAAGCUCUUGCAAGAAUAAAACAAUAGAGCUUUAAUGUGUAUUGGCAUUGAUAUCAAUUAUGAUGCCUGUAUAGCAUCAUCAAGAAUUAUGCAAGAAAAUUAAAUAUAUUUUGAUUGUAUUAAUUCAGAUGGAUUUGAAGGAUUGGCUUUAGAUAAAUCAGGAAUAGAUAUUUUUAUAUUCAACCCUCCUUAUGUUCCAACUGAGGAUGAUGAAGUUGAAAGAUGCAAGAAAUACUUCAAAGAAAAGUAGUAACUAUUUGCAUAGGCAUACGCAAACAAUUUAAGAGGUUAAGAUUUAAUUGAAGAAGUUGCCAAAGUAAAUUUGAUUGAUUGUUCAUAUUCAGGAGGCAAGGAUGGUAUGUUAGUUACCUGGAAAAUUCUUGAAAAAGUAACCAAUUUGAUGAAUUCUAAUGGAAUUAUGUAAAUUAUAAAAUAAUAUUUAGAUACCUCUUUGUAAUUUAAGAUAAUCCAAUAAAUGAAAUAAUCGCUUUCUUUAAAUCAAAAGGAUUUGAAGGUUUUAUAUUAAAAAAGCAGUAAAAAUACAAUGAAAUUUAACUUAUACUGAAAUUUGUAAAUAAUAAUGUGAAUAAAUGA